AUGAAUUCCAGCUCACUGAAGCCACAGGGCCCCGCCGCCCACGGCGUUGCAGAGCGAGAUCCCCGGCACCCCAGAGACUGGGCGAAGCCGGCCCUCCCCAGUCCGCGGCCUCCAGGGAUCGUGCUGGGUUCUGGGAAAGCAGCUGCGCCCCGGCGCGAGGAGCUAGGAGGCCACCCGGAGAGCGCGCGGGCGAGACUUGAGGCCGACCGAAACUUAACUCCUGCGCCUGCAGUUCCAGCCCUCAGCCACCCUAGGAGAGGCCUGGAGCUGCCGGGCCUCAGCCCCCACCCGCACUCUCCAGUGGCCCGUAGCAAUUCUGGAGUCAGGAGAGUUCCUCCCUGCCCCAGCGAAGCGACAGGACGCGGGCGGGGAGUUAGGGGUGACGGCUCGCGAGGGUGGGCAGUGGGGGCGAGGGAGCUGAAGCGGGACCAGCUGAAGACGCGCCCUCGCCUACCUCGGGGACCACGCUCCGCCUCCCCCACCUCGGGGACUAGCGAGUCCUGGCGCUGGCACGAGCCGAGCCAGGCGGGGGUCUGGGCGGGAGGAGCUGGCACGCGCUGGGCACGCCCCGCAGGCGAGAGGGAGACGCCCACCAGGUGCUGGAAGCGAGACCAGAGGCGGCACGCUCUGCCGGGUUCCCUGCUCAGAGCGGCCGGAGCAGAGGGUAACGAGCUGUUCCCUGGCUUCCGCGCUGCGCUAGGGACGCUUGGUUUCAGUAGCGGCGCUGCGCGCAGGCCAGAAACACGAGGCAGACAGCCGCAGCCCGAGCUCUUCGCUGCCGCGCACCCGGCCGUAGCCGGCGCAGCCCCCGUAUUAGCCCGAGAACACGUUUUAGCGCGGCCGCCGCCCUGUGGCCCUCACCUGGAUUACCUACGAGGCAGCUGCCGCGGAGCUAGCGCGGAGGCGGCUGGGGAGGAGCGUUCUAAGAGCAGCCGGCUUUUCAGGGAUCCCACUGGCAGGCAGACGCGCGGGAAAGCAGCAUCCCUGACAGAAGCAGAUUCAGGGCCCCGCGCAGCCGGCUCUGGCGUCUUCCAGCUGCAGCUGCAGGAGUUCGCCAACGAGCGCGGCGUUUUGGCCAGUGGGAGGCCGUGCGAGCCCGGCUGCCGGACUUUCUUCCGCGUCUGCCUAAAGCACUUCCAGGCAGUCGUUUCGCCCGGGCCCUGUACCUUCGGCAGUGUCUCCACGCCGAUAUUGGGCACCAACUCCUUCGCCAUCGAGGAGGACAGUAGUGGCGGGGGCCGAAACCCUCUUCAACUGCCCUUCAAUUUUACCUGGCCGGGCACCUUCUCCCUCAUCAUUGAAGCUUGGCACGCUCCAGGAGACGACCUGCGGCCAGAGGCCUUGCCACCAGAUGCCCUCAUCAGCAAGAUCGCCAUCCAGGGCUCCCUACCUGUGGGUCAGAACUGGUUACCAGAUGAGCAAACCAGCACCCUCACGAGGCUGCGCUACUCCUACCGGGUCAUCUGCAGUGACAACUACUAUGGGGACAGUUGCUCGCGCCUGUGCAAGAAACGCAAUGACCACUUCGGCCACUAUGUGUGCCAGCCGGACGGCAGCCUGUCCUGCCUGCCUGGAUGGACUGGGGAGUACUGCGAACAGCCUAUCUGUCUUUCUGGCUGUCACGAGCAGAACGGAUACUGCAGCAAGCCAGCAGAGUGCCUCUGCCGCCCAGGUUGGCAGGGUCGCCUAUGCAACGAAUGUAUUCCCCACAAUGGCUGUCGCCACGGCACCUGCAGCACCCCCUGGCAGUGUACGUGCCAUGAGGGCUGGGGAGGCCUGUUCUGUGAUCAAGAUCUCAACUACUGUACUCACCACUCCCCAUGCAAGAACGGGGCCACGUGCUCCAACAGUGGGCAGCGGAGCUACACCUGUACCUGUCGACCAGGCUACACCGGCAUCGACUGUGAGCUGGAGCUCAGCAAGUGUGACAGCAACCCGUGUCGCAAUGGGGGCAGCUGUAAGGACCAGGAGGAUGGCUACCACUGCUCAUGCCCCCCGGGCUACUAUGGCCUGCACUGUGAGCAUAGCACAUUGACCUGUUCUGACUCCCCCUGCUUUAAUGGGGGCUCCUGCCGGGAGCGCAACCAGGGGGCCAGCUAUGCCUGUGAAUGCCCUCCCAACUUCACUGGCUCAAACUGCGAGAAGAAAGUGGACAGGUGUACCAGCAACCCCUGUGCCAAUGGGGGCCAGUGUCUGAACAGAGGUACAAGCCGCAUAUGCCGCUGCCGUCCCGGAUUCACAGGCCCCCACUGUGAACACCCCAUCAGCGACUGCACCCGCCAGCCUUGUGCUCAUGGUGGCACUUGCCAUGGCCUGGAGAAUGGGAUCGUGUGCACCUGCCCUGUGGGCUUCUCUGGCAUGCGCUGCGAGGUGCGGACACCCAGCGAUGCCUGUGCCUCUGGGCCCUGCUUCAACGGGGCCACCUGCUACACUGGCCUCUCCCCCGACAACUUCGUGUGCAACUGCCCCUACGGCUUUGUGGGCAGCCGCUGCGAGUUCCCUGUGGGCCUGCCGCCCAGCUUCCCCUGGGUGGCUGUGUCCCUGGGCGUGGGGCUGGUGGUGGUGCUGGUGCUGCUGGGCAUGGUGGCAGUGGCUGUGCGCCAGUUGCGGCUUCGGCGGCCAGACGAUGGCAGGAGGGAGGCCAUGAACAACUUGUCGGACUUCCAGAAGGAUAACCUGAUCCCUGCCGCCCAGCUCAAGAAUACAAACCAGAAGAAGGAGCUGGAGGUGGAUUGUGAUCUGGACAAGUCCAACUGUGGCAAACAGCAGAACCACACACUGGACUAUAAUCUGGCCCCCGGCCCCCUGGGGCAAGGGACCAUGCCUGGGAAGUAUCCCCACAGCGACAAGAGCUUAGGGGAAAAGGUGCCACUGAGGUUACACAGUGAAAAGCCAGAGUGUCGAAUAUCAGCGAUAUGCUCCCCCAGGGAGUCCAUGUACCAGUCUGUGUGUUUGAUAUCAGAAGAGAGGAAUGAAUGUGUCAUUGCCACGGAGGUAUAAGGCCCAUGCCGGCCCAGGACACCCCAGCUUUGGCCCAGCGGCUGGACCUUCCUUCUGCACUGUUUACAUUGCAUCCUGGAUGGGACGUCUCUCGCACUGUGCUGCUCUCAGGAGGAGGAGGGGAUGGCAGGAACUGGAUGGACUGUGAACUUGCCAAGACACGCAUAACCCCUGUGUACCUCCGGGUGUCUGCUGGCAUUACAUGGCAGCUGUGCCAGCCAGGGGAGAAGAACAGAGAGGAGAGGUGCCACUUCGAUCUGCCCUGCCAGCAGUGGCCUUUGGAGGCACCUUCUGGGGCUCUGGCCUGUUUUCCAGGGAGAGUAGCAGUGGCUUCAUGAGGCUUGGAGCUGCUGUGGCCUCCACUGGCAUCUAUGUUUCCAAAAGUGCCUUUGUCCCAGGCUCCAUAGUGACAGCUGGGCCCAAAUCAGAAAGAAGAGGAGACCAGUAAGGGCAGGGCCUCCUGUGGGCAGGAAAGCCCCUGGGUGCGGCUCUUGGCAGGGAUUGGCCUGCAGGUGAGGCGGGCAUUCCAUGGGGCAAGGAGUACUUUGGGCCCUUUGUCCCCAACCACUGCACGUGGGCUUUGCUCAGAAGUCUACCCAGCCCCUCCCUGGCCUGUGCAUUUGGAAUAAUCUUGGUUCCACCACCUUCUGGCCUUGGGUGCUCUGGGCUCCACAAGCAGAUGGAUGUAAGGCCUGCCCUUCUCCAGCCAGCGGGUGCCUGGCCUGAGGAGCUCAGGGCAGUUCUGUUGGGGAUUCCAAUGAGGGAGGAAGCAGGCCUGCUGCCACCGGGGCCUUCCCUCCCGCAAACCCAUUCCUGCGACUUCGAGCCUGGGCUCGGCCCAUGCCCACCACUGCCCCCAGAAGCCGAUCUUCAGAAAUCAAUAAUAUGAGUUUUUAUUUUGUUUGUUUUUUUAGUUUAUUUUGGAAUCUAGUAUUUCAAUAAUUUAAGAAUCAGAAGCACUGGCCUUUCUACAUUUUAUAACAUUAUUUUGUAUAUAAUGUGUAUUUAUAAUAUGGAACAUGUGUACAGGAGUUUACUUCUUGGGUCCUGUCUUUGUGAUAGCAGAGUGGGAAUCC